UCUCAGGUGGGCCACAUUACACGCCUGUGUCAAUGUCUCCGAGCAUGAACCUAAGCGGGAACAACAUCCUAUUCACUUACGAAGAACUGGCAGCCGCCACCGGUGGUUUCUCUCAGGCGAACGUAAUAGGUCAAGGUGGGUUUGGGUUCGUUCACAAAGGGAUAUUGCCAAAUGGAAAGGAGGUGGCAGUUAAGAGUCUUAAGUCCGGUAGUGGGCAAGGAGAUAGAGAGUUUCAAGCAGAGGUUGAUAUCAUUAGCCGUGUUCAUCAUCGUCAUCUUGUUUCGCUUGUUGGGUAUUCCAUAGCCGAUGGUCAACGCAUUUUGGUUUAUGAAUUUGUUCCUAAUCAAACAUUGGAAUACCAUCUUCAUGGUAAAUCAGGUCAGGCUCCCAUGAGUUGGGGAACUAGGUUGAAGAUUGCCCUUGGAUCAGCCAAAGGACUUGCUUACCUUCACGAGGAUUGUCAUCCACGAAUUAUACAUCGGGACAUUAAAACUGCCAACAUCCUAAUAGACUACAACUUUGAAGCCAUGGUGGCUGAUUUUGGGCUAGCCAAGCUAACAGUUGACAACGAUACUCAUGUCUCCACCCGAGUUAUGGGAACUUUUGGGUAUCUAGCUCCCGAGUAUGCAUCGAGUGGGAAGCUUAGCGAGAAAUCCGAUGUCUUCUCCUUCGGUGUUAUGCUUCUCGAGCUUAUAACCGGAAGAAGACCACUAGAUCCGACGGGCCAAAUCAUGGAGGAUACCUUGGUAGAUUGGGCUAGGCCACUUCUUGUUAAAGCCCUAGAAGAUGGGAAUUUCAAUGAGGUAGCGGAUCCAUUGAUGGAGGGGAACUAUGACCAUACUGAGAUGUCACAUAUGGUUGCUUGCGCUAGCGCUAGUGUUCGUCAUUCUGCUAAAAGACGCCCAAAAAUGAGCCAAAUUGUUCGCAGCUUAGAAGGGGACUUACCUCUCGACGCUCUUAAUGAUUCUAAGUCCGGUCAGGGUAAUUCGUCGGCGUAUGAUACGGGCGCAUACAAUGCCGACAUGACCAAGUUUAGGCAGAUGGUUAUGUCUAAUCAAGAUUUCAAUAGCAGUGAAUAUGGUGAUACAAGUGAAUAUAGACUCAAUCAUUCUGAAAGUUCGAGUGAUUCAUCGAUGGAGAUGCGAUCUAUGGGAAAACCGAGAAUUUAAAAAGAUUACGUUAUAAUACUA